UAACAUAAUAAACAACUAAGCACUGCCUCAAGUAAAAACAAAACACCAUGAUUCCACCAAAUGCAUCUUUAGUGAAAUACGAUAGUGCUGUACUAGUUAGUCGUCACACAGACAAAAAGACAUCACGGGCACGUAACCUGAGAGCAGCUACAUCACCACCAAUUAUUGCUGGACCAGUUCCAAGUCCACCCCCGAAACAGAAAUUGCCCAUAGCUGAGAGUAAGGUAGCUCAGCAGACAGACGAAGUUCUCAAUUCGAUUCUACCCCCAAGAGAAUGGACGGAAAAUGGUCAGCUAUGGGUCCAGCAAGUGUCCAGCACUCCAGCCACAAGGUUAGAUGUUGUAACUCUACAGGAAGAACUUGAUCGCCGUCUCCAGCAAAGACAAGCAAGAGAGACUGGAAUAUGCCCAGUACGUCGAGAACUCUACUCACAAUGUUUUGAUGAAUUGAUUCGUCAAGUAACCAUCAACUGCUCUGAACGUGGUCUUCUGUUGUUGCGUGUGCGCGAUGAGAUUCGCAUGACAAUUGCAGCAUAUCAGACACUGUACGAAAGCAGUGUGGCUUUUGGAAUGAGGAAAGCACUUGCAGCUGAGCAAGGAAAAACUGAUAUGGAGAAAAAGAUCGAAACCCUUGAAUUGGAAAAAAGAGAGUUGGAACGGCAAGUGAAUGAACUGAAGGCUAAAUGUGAGCAGAUCGAGAAGAGAGCAGCCGAACAGAGAAUGGUCGAAGAAAAGAAACAUGCAGACGAAUCAAACUUCCUAAAGAGAACCAUUGCACAGCUGAAGACUCAACUUGAAGGAAUUACCACUCCAAAGAAAUAAAUAAACCACCUUUUUUAGAAGAUGAAGUUGAUGAUGAUGAUGAUGAUGUGAUGAUGAUGUGAUGAUGAUGAUGAUGAUGAUGAUGACGACGAUGACGACAAAGAUGGUGGUGAUGGUGAUGAUGAUUAAGACAAGCAGGAGGAAGAUGUUUAGAAUGAGGAUUCUAUGAAAAAUAACACCGAUUAAAUAACUCGCGUUUUGAAUAAAAAA